CGAACAUUCAUUAAUAAAAACGAAUCUUCAAUAUUCAAAUAAUAAUAAUAAUAGUUUGAAAAUUCGAUUAACUUGGCUCGUAGGCUCUUGUUUAUAGCGGAAACAGAAGGGUGCGAUGUCAGUUAAAGUAAUUCUCUUCAUGGGAAACCCCCCGAUAACUGGAAUUACGAGAUUCUAGAAUGUACGAAGGGAAAAAUCCCUUCUUUGUACUUUGAAGAACAAAUAGUGCUCCAGUUUGCUGGUUGACCAUAAUUUGGUUUUUCGACAUAAGUGUUGAGGUUCGCCACGAUUCGAUCGUGUUAUUAGUAAGAUUGACAGUGAAAAAGAAAGAAACCUUGAAGCAAGCAAGCCAACAAGAUAAGAAACAGGUUUGCGAUAUUAUAUCAAAUAUAUUUUUACACAGAAGCCCCAGCUAUGUCACGCAUGGAAGAACUAUUACUCGAGAAUGAAGAGCGUGAUGUGACUGAAGGUCACACAAGCGCAGUUCAAGUUGUUGAUGAGGUUCAACCAACUAAUGAAGCUUACGAGAGACAAAAUGAGGAAGUCAAGGGCUUUGAAUACGAUGUGUUUAUCUCGUACAGUAAAAGUGACCGUCCAUGGGUCAAGGAUGUACUCCUUCAAGCACUGGAGCAAAAAGGCAAGAAAGUGUGUAUCGAUUACCGUGACUUUCAGCCUGGGGCCCCCGUAAUCGAUAAUGUUGUACAUGCCAUUGAGAACAGUCGGGUUUCUGUUCUGGUCUUGACACCUGCGUUUGUUCAAAGUGAAUGGUGUAUGUUUGAAAGUAAACAAGCUCUUGUCUCUUCCUUGGCCACUUCUAGAGCUCGUGUUCUUCCACUGAUUCUAAUAGAGUGUGGUAUUCCAAAGAUCCUUAAACACUUGACUUACUUGGAUCACACAAGUGAAGAUGUGCAGCCUUACUUCAAAGAACAGCUAAUUGAUAGUCUGGAUAAUGCAAAAAAGUGGACUUCACCAGAUCGCCAUGGAAGUGACAUAGUUCCCAUUUCAGAAGUCCAGCAAGUCGUAACGAGGUCUCUGGACCAAGACAAGAGACGUGAAACUGCUAUAAACAAGCUGAUGGGAGCUUUCUCUUCCUUCCAGCUUUUAAAACGCCGAAUUUUGGUUUGCAUUGCGUGUCCUUGCAUAAUGUUUUUGGUUGCUUUUUUAAUGCUUAUUGCUUUGUACAUCUAUUUUAUGGUAGAUCAAAAGUUUGUAAUAACCCCUCUAGAACCAACUUCAGUUAAUUCUACUGCCACAAAUGUUUUUGUCGCUUUCCAAAUCAAAAAUUCCGUGGCCAAGCAGUGUGAGGUAUUGCGAAUGACGAACAAGUACUCAGGGAAUCCUUUUUUGGUUGAUACUUUUGGCUUCGAAGAUCUGGGAAAAAAAGUUCUUUAUGAUAAAGAAAAAAUCACUCACUUUGUGACAUCUUUGUCUCCGAAGAAGAUGUUUAAGCAGAAAAGGUUUCGUAUUCAUGGAGACAUGUCAGUGACAACCAAGUUUUGCUUUCGCUCCAACCAAAAUGCCUCAUUACGACUCUACAAGCCCACGAGUACUCAUGAUGUGAAUCAGUUUGACAAAACGAUUGAUGCACGAGUGAAGUAUGAGGACUAUACAUCGAUUGGAAAUGAAACGUUUUGCGGCACUUCUGUAAUCAAAGGCCAAAGCCUCACUUCCAACGAGUUUAGCGCCUUUGUAUUCAAAAACGUUGCUAAUACAAUGAUAUUUCUUAAUUUAACAACUAUUUUCAAAACACCAAAUUGCAAAAAAUCUUUGGCUGUCCUGACGUGUCGUAAUGUCUCGGAAUGUCAGCUUCCAUCGUCUCCUAGAAUCAGCUACAUUAUUGUCUCAAAAAACAUCAGUGCCCGUUCCUAUUUUGGAGCUGACGAGAUCGAAGUCAAAUGUGUUUAUAAAAUUCCCGUGUUAUCGAAUUCUAUCGCAAGUGUAGGGAUUUUUUUAAUGGGAAUCCUCUUCCUGUGUUUGAUUAUUAUGGGUUUCAACAAAAAAUGUAGGCCUCGUUUGCAAAAAUGGUAUUUUGGGAGGAACAUAGUUCGAGAGAAGCUUGGAGAGACCGCUGUACAAAUGAUUGUAGAUAGUCCCGAUCUUGAAGAACUUUCCAAAACUAUUAAACAAGAAAGAGAGAAUAAAGAAUUUACAAUCUAGAGUAUGAGAACCGUGUGAGCAGGUUAACCGAACAUUUUCUUGUGAUUUAAUUUAAUUUGUUAAACGUUAGUGAAUAAAAGAAUGGAAAGGACUUAAA